AUGAAGGGCUUCGAUUUCAAACAACCGAUCUAUCGUGCUUUCACUGACGGUGACGACCUGACGGUGACCGCUAAAGCAUCUUGCAACGGCAGGCAUAUCUUGCGGAACGUUUGCGCCCCACCCAACCCCACCCCGCCCCGCCUGCGAUUCGCCGAAAACCCAUUAGGAUUCGCAGGCGGGGGAGACGCAACGGUGGAUGCUGCAAUUGAGGGAGAGGCUGAUCAAGAAGGUCGAGCACCUGUUAAUGCGGCAUGGACGAAAUGGAAAAUGGCAACAGGCGUACUGUGCGACAAGAAAGUCCACGUUCGACUGAAGUUGAAGAUCCACAAGACGUUUAGUCGUCCCGAUAAAUGGAAAGAUGAAGGAGGCGCGACUGGGAUGGUUUGGUUGCGUCUUGCAGCGAGAGAAAAAUUCUGUUGCCAAAACCGCUCUGAAGCUCGAUGUUACACUCGUGACGCCACGCUGAUUCCCUGGUUGGACCGUGCGAAGCAGGAUAUGAUAGAUGCGCGUUUGUGUACAGCUGAAGCGCUGGAUCGAAGCAAGUGGAAGACAAGAAGCAGAAAGGCGGAUCCUACAACAACUCGGGAUAAAGUAUAG